CAUUCAUCGGUCUUUAUGAAAAUAAUGAAGAAGAGGUCAUGAAAGCAGCAUUAAAGUUAAAAACAUUAGAUAUGGAUAGCAAUAGAUUAUUUAUAAUUUUUAUAGUAUUUCCGAGUAACGAAGGAAAUAGGUUAGCAAGCAAAUUAAUCAGAAAGCUUGGGGGAAUCGCCUCUGUUAUUUACACUCCAAUUACAUUAAAAAAAUUAAUUAAUCAAGUUAUUCAUCUGGAAAAAAACACUGCUGCUGAUAAAAACAAUACCAAUCUACAGACCAUUGAAAGUAAUUAUGCAGAUAUUCUAAAGCGAGUAGUAGACUAUGAUCUUUAUAAGAUUGAAAAUGUGAAUCAAGCUAUAUAUAUGGACAUAACUGGAAGGGAUUUCGGGACAAAAUGUAUUUUAUGUGUG